UACAGUAAGAAAGAACAAAUUUUUAAGAAUAGAAGAAAGUGGACGUGUGGUCACACGCCUCAAUUUCCAAGAAGCAACAACAAUCGACUUCUCCGCCAUGGCUGCACCUCAGCAACCAUAUUACUGGGGAACCACGCCAGAAUCAGACUAUUACACUGCCCAAGGAAUCAAAUCAACCAAAUCCUUUUACACUUCACCCAGAGGCCUAACCCUAUUCACCAGAGCAUGGAUACCCGCCGCCGGCAUUCCACGUGGCAUCAUCUUUAUGGUCCACGGCUAUGGGAAUGACAUCAGUUGGACUUUUCAGGCAACCCCAAUUUUCCUUGCCCAGAAUGGCUAUGCCUGCUUUGCCCUUGACCUGGAAGGCCAUGGCCAGUCACAAGGCCUCAAGGCUUAUGUGCCCAAUCUUGAUCUUGUUAUAGAGGAUUGCCUUUCAUUCUACAAUGCCACCCUCACCCUAAACCCCCAAUUCCAGAAUCUCCCCAAGUUUCUGUAUGGUGAAUCAAUGGGGGGAGCCAUUUGUGUUUUAAUCCACCUCAAGAACCCUAAGGGCUUCAAUGGUGCAAUCUUGAUAGCUCCCAUGUGUAAAAUCUCUGAAAAGGUCAAGCCUUCUUGGCCUAUUCCCCAAUUCUUGACUGCCCUUUCAAGAUUUGCACCCAGUCUCCCUAUUGUGCCCACUGCUGAUUUGAUGCAUAAGUCUGUGAAAGUCCCAGGCAAGAAAAUCAUUGCUGCCAUGAAUCCCUAUAGGUAUACUGGGAAACCAAGAUUAGGCACUGUGGUGGAGCUUUUGAGGGUCACAGACUAUGUUGGCAGCAAACUGAGUGAUGUGGAUUUCCCCUUUGUGGUGUUACAUGGCAGUGCUGAUGUUGUGACUGAUCCAGAAGUGAGCAGGGAAUUGUACCGAAUGGCGAAGAGCAAGGAUAAGAGCAUCAAGAUUUAUGAUGGUAUGAUGCACUCCUUAUUGUUUGGAGAAACCGAUGAGAAUGUUGAGAUUGUUCGAACUGAUAUCUUGAAAUGGUUGGAUGAUAGAUGUUGAAAAGGUUGUUGUUUGUCAUAGCUUAUGAUUCUCUAGAGUUGUCCUUGCACCAUUAGUGUUGACUGUUGAGAAAUCUGAUUUAUCAAUUUGAUAUGAGCACUGUGAAUCAAUAUCAUUGAAUUGCUAA